AUGAUUGAAAAUAAUCAUAACCACCCGACUCCAUCCUGGAGUAGUAUGGCAGCAUCAAAUCAAUCUAUUGCUACCAGUACUGCAUCUACCUAUGGUAGCCAAGUUCCGUUGCCCGUCAUAUUUGGGGCAUUUCACACCACUGAUUCUGAAUGCUGGGCAUGUUCUGCCCCUCGGCUUGUUGAUGUCUGUCAUGUCGUUCCCCAAGAAGACCCUCAGGUAAUAUUGAAUUAUUCGGUUCCUAAAGCCUUCAGCUUAUACGUACUACAGAGCGUUUUGUGGGAACGAUGUUACUUAUUCAAUUUUGACUAUGAAAGUGAGGAAAACGCGAUUGUUCUUUGCCCCUAUUGUCAUAGGUGCUUCGAGCGCACUCUUGACCCCGGAUUUGUUUUUUUCCCAGUCGACAUCAGAUAUUUUAUCGACUUUGAGCUAUCCGAUAUUCAACGACGAACGAAGAUCGCGACUGAACAAACAAAACCCAUGUCUGAAAUCCCACGCUGGGUCCCGUCUGCGCAGAACUACCACGAUCAUGAAGUCAUGAACAACGGAAUCUUCUCCGAGAUAAACGCAGGACGUUAUCGCCGUAUCUUCUUAUAG